UGAUGCUAAAAACAGUCCUUUGGUUGACUUGUGGGUAAUUGAUUCUCUGACGCUGACAACGCUUAGGAAAAUGAAGGGAUAAAUGAUGGGGACGCCAGGCGGCUGCCGGAGCCAACACCCAGCUCAGGGCCCGUGGACUGGAGCAGUGCCUCGGAGCAGGGGGAGAUCUGCCGCAUCAGGUGCCAGCCCCGGGUGAAGGAUGCCACUCUGGGUGUUCUUCUUUGUGAUCCUCACCCUCAGUAGCAGCUCCCACUGCUCCCCACCUCCCCCUUUGACUCUCAGGAUGCGGCGGUAUGCAGAUGCCAUCUUCACCAACAGCUACCGGAAGGUGCUGGGCCAGCUGUCCGCCCGCAAGCUGCUCCAAGACAUCAUGAGCAGGCAGCAGGGAGAGAGAAACGAAGAGCGAGGAGCAACGGCACGGCUUGGCCGUCAGGUGGACAGCGUGUGGGCAGAACAAAAGCAAAUGGAAUUGGAGAGCAUCCUGGUGGCCCUGCUGCAGAAGCACAGCAGGAACUCCCAGGGAUGAAGAUUCCUCCUGUGACCUGGGCUACCUGUAGCCAAAAUGCAACUGGAUCCAGUUAAUCCUCUUUCAUUUCUGACCUACUUUUUCCUUUGUAAAUACAAUAAAAUUCCUCCAUAUCGGUGUGCAUUUAAA